AAAAUAUAACAUAAGAGAUUUCAUCAGUUGUCUGUAAUCUGUGGAAAAUGGCACGCAGGGCAACUGGAUAUUGGAAAUCAAUGCUGAGUCGAUUGGGUGGAAACCGCCCAUUUGCAACAUCAACAACUCCCAAGGUGAAGCAGUUUGCACAAAGUGCUGGCUCUCAAGCAAAAGAGUCUUACAAGAAGUUUGCAUUGACAGGCGAAUUUGCACCAAUUUAUAUUGUUCUGGGAAUGUUGGUUGUGGCACUGUCAAUAGGGACACACACAGCAAAACAGCAAUUGGUACAUAAUCCUAAUGUUAGCUUAAGCAAGAAGAAAAGGGGAUCGAUAUCGGAGGCUGAUGAUCCUGAUCGUGCUGUUAAUAUGUCAGAUAAAUUUCUGAAUAAAUCCUUCCUGAGGAAGGUAGCUCAUAUCCAGGACAAGAAGCAGAAUCUCCCGGAAACCAGCCCUCGAAAUGCAGAGACACUAAAGGCUGCCGGAGUGAAUCCAAGGCACUCCUGAGAAGAAAAAUUGAUCAUAACAUCUCUCAACUCUGAAAUUUGUGGGUUCUUGAGUUGUGGCAAAAUCCAGGAUGCUGUCAAAUUGUACACAGAACAGCCUCAGUUUUCUUUCUGCUGGGAUCAUAGAUUCUGUUAUGGUAUUAGACUAUUAGUUUCUAAAUGAGCCCCUUUGUCAUCAGAAUUCCGAGUUAGGCUCUCUGAAUCCUUCUGUUAUGGAUUUAUUCUUCUAAUAGAACAGGCACCACCCCUUUUUCA